AUGGGCUGCUCUCAGGGAUCUGAAGUGGCAGCGCCGCAGCCGGCGGCCGCCCCUACUUCGAGUGGUGCAGUGGCGGGGAGCGCAAGCUCCCAAGGCCCAAGCUCACAUGUGCCCCGCAAGCCACCACCGCCUGAACGGGACCUGAACAAUAUCGAGGUGCCUGAAGGAUUCAUCCAUCCUCGCGAUUUGCCCCGCUUCGAGCCCUUUGCCGAAGAGCAACCUGACUGGGAGUGGGAGAAAGAGGAGGGCCAGUGGCGAAGCUAUCCGCUGCAAGAGUCUAUCGAGCUGGACAGGUACUGGAAGGUCUUUCAGAAAGACCAGGAUGCGGCCAGUAAAGCCAAGCUGUCGUUGCUGAAGAACUCAGUCGUUGUGGACUUUGUGGAGAUGACAGCUCAGGCUGGCGACAGGCAACCAAGGAAGAUCCGGAGGAAACUGACGCAGUCCGACUGGCUCAGCAAUCGCUUCUUCUUUGACGCGUUUUCGGAAACGCUGCAGAAGGCGGGCAUCACAGUUGAAACAGAGCCUGAGCAGAUGUUCGACUUCCGCUUCGUGCAGGACUUCCGGCAAACCAAGGAUGACGGGCGGAAGAUGUUCCGGGGCGGCAAAGAGUAUCACCUGCCUGUGGGCUGGAAGCGCUUUGCCGUGCAGGUGAAGGGCGUCUACGACGACGGUGACAAUGGCUGGCUGCGCGAAGACGAGAGUGGUUGGGCCGUCGCGUACCACGGUACUUCCAAAGAAGGACUGGGUGGUAUCCUCUGCACAGGUUUCCGCGUGGGUGACCGCCAGAAGUUCGCCAAAGAAGCGGGUGCUGGCGUGUACUGCACCCCAACCAUUCAGGUGGCACAGCACUACUCCAAGCCGACACUGCUGCGAGGCCACAGCGUCCAGAUUGUGCUGCAGCUUCGAGUGCGGCCCUCCGCCAUCAAUCCCAUCACUGACCCAAAGGCCCACGAGUUUGAGCGCAAGUAUUGGGUCAUCAACAACCCGGACGAUAUCCGGGCAUACGGCGUGCUCAUCAGGGAGUUACCGCUGCGCGACUACAUCUUGCCCGAGGUCAUGGUGUAUGGCAGGAGCCACCCUGGCAUCCGCCACUUGGCCGCAAACCUUGUUGCCCGUCAGCUCAAAUAG